ACAAACAAAACCAACGCAACUCCCGCAUUUCAAAAACACUUUCUUUUUUCUUAAUAACGAUAUAGCCGAAAUGUGGGUAUUCGGAUAUGGUUCUCUGGUCUGGAAAGUAGACUUUCCCUACGAAAAGCGCAUCCCUGGUUACGUGCGCGGCUACGUCCGACGAUUUUGGCAAGGCAGUACUGACCACCGCGGGACCCCCUCCUCACCGGGACGAGUCGUGACACUUAUCCCGUACGAAGAAUGGCUCCACACUUAUGGCAUGGCGGACCCACACAAACAUUCUCCUACAGACUGCUGCUGGGGUGUCGCAUACAAGAUACCCGACGAAAAAGUGGAAUCGGUCAAGGCGCAUUUAGACCAUAGAGAAAAGAAUGGGUAUCAAAUAUUUACAUCUGACGUGUAUCACCCUGACGGUGGGAAGGAUGCCGAGGGGAAUGAUUUGCCGGUUGUAAAGGAUGCCAUGGUAUAUGUGGCCACAGGGGACAAUGAAAGUUUUUUGGGACCAGUGGAUUUGGAGUUGAUGGCGAAACAAAUAGCAGAGACCAAAGGGCCCAGUGGAUGGAAUGCUGAUUACCUAUUGGGAUUAUGCCACUCCAUGCGCAUAUUAGCACCGCAUGCACCAGACCCCCAUCUCAUAGAGCUCGAAAAGGCCGUCCUCGACGCUCUGGAAGCAUCCCGACACUCUUCAGCAACCUCACACCUAGUCCUUCCCCACGGCUCCAUUCGCGAGCAAGACCUUGAACAUCUUCGCUCCCUCCUCGACGUGGACAUUAAGGCUCUCCUUAUGGGUGAAAAGGCCGCCAACAAGGCAGCAUCUUUGGCCCAUGAAGCUCAAAAUGGGGUAGGACGUGUCAGUGCGUGUACUCCUAGUGUAGAUGGGCAAAACAUUAUGUUGACCGUGACGGCUGAAGCGCGGACGGUGACCGAUGAAACGGGACAUGUGAAUGAGACAGUGGAUACCUGCGUGUCGUUUGUAGAUCAGCAUGGACGGACACGGGAUUUGGCGAGGAGUGUCGUCAUUGUUGACGAGUCGGACCGUUAAAUAGACUAUUUAUUGAACAGUA